AUGGAGCGCCAGCCGGCACUUGACCCCUCUACAGCGACCUUUGGGGUUCCUUUGCACCUCCCGCUGCUGGAGAAUGCACAGCAUCUUUCACGUGGUGGUGCUGGGACGUCAGCAGACGAUGUUAUCCUGAUCUCGAGCGAUGAUGAGUCUGAUGAUGAUCUUGACGAGGGCCGAUCCGAUAUAUAUUUUGAGUCACUGGACAGGCUCCUACAAAAUGCACGCAACAGGGUGAAAUUCGGCCGUGUAACUGGUACAGGCAAAGGUGUCGACGCUGGUUCCAACGAUAGCGACGCGCCAGAGCCCUUGGUUUCCAGCAACGCCGGCCCAGAGAGCCAGGGAGAAGUAUCUCUUAACGGAGACAAUGAUAUCCUACUUGAUGGAUGGGAAGCUGAGGACAUUAUCGGCGAGGAAUUUUACGACGACAAGCCGCAUUACCGGCAGAUUACGCCUUUUAUGCUGCGGGUGGAGACGAAGCUUACUGUUCCGAUUCUAGUGCUGGCGCGAUCCCAGUUGGGUAGCGCAGCUGAUGGGGAGGGUGAUGCAGCCGACUUUGUGAAGAAGGGGCUGGUCUAA